CUGUCAUUAUUAUAAUUCUAAUAAGAAUGUUUUGCCGAUAUCUUUAAUUUAUUACAAGAGGAGUUGUAAACCGUUAUUGAUUAUACAAGUAAUGAGAAGAGCCAAUAGAGGGGGCGGCCCAACAGCCUGAUUCCCAUUCGGUGCAGUUAGAGUGCCAGCAUCCUAGAUGUGUCAGUGCCAAGCCAGACCCACCUCGUCACGCUGGUACACAGCUACGGUUGCUGCUGCUGGAAGACGAAGCUCUUUGUUGUGAGAGUUGAGAUGGUGGAGAGCUGUGGGAAGACGCGAAUGGUGUGCUUCCCUCUGGCGCUGCUUGUGGUAGGUCUUGCUGCCACCAGCGCCAACCUCAACCAUCUCCAGAAGCUCUCCUUGCUUGACUCCAUAAGAUACAGCCUUCUGGGACCCGAAGAUGUCGUGAAUACCACCUUGCUAGGCCAAGACGACGACAUGACUGAGAAUGUUGAGGAUUCUAUGAAGCGUGUGUCGAAUGGUAAGAGGGACGUCUUGCUUGCGGAGGGAGGAGGAGGAAGAGAAGGCAACUUAAAGACGGAGAGGGAGACACAAGAGAGCUUGGAAGCUACCUGUAAUUGCUUGAAACUGAAGACAGCCACUGCUUCAUGUUUCGGAAAACUAGAGGAAAUGGGACCCCUGGUGAUCAAUGGACGAUGUAUCGGCGGCAACAUGUGGAGACGCAGGAGAGAAAGGGGGCGGGCUGAUGUAAAUGACUUUCCGAUACUGGUACAUGCCGAUCGUGAGAUGUGUGAGGGCUCAAAGCCGCUCAUCUUCUCAUCAUCUGGUGAAAAGUCUCGUCUUACCUUCGGCAACACACCUUCCAUCCUCAUCUGCCAGGGAAGCAUCGGCCCACACCUGGAGAACCUCUCAAUAUCUGGCGUGAAGGAGAUCUGGGUGGCUCCUGGCGCUCUCCAGCCUCGUGAUGCCAAACUCGUUAUACACCUCUCUGACGUCCAAAAUAAAAUUAUAUUGCCUGAAGGAGCGCUAUUAAUUGAAGCCAGCGAAUCCAACAAUCAUGAACAGCAGUCACCGCCAGCAGAGAUUCACUUUAUUAUAGAGAGAGCAACAUCAGUGGAAUACAAUAGCCAGAGUUUAGUAGCACCACGUAUAUCUGUUGUUAUGGAUGACGUUAGGAAUAUAAGCAUUGGUCCCCAGGCAAUCAUAGCGUACAAAGAUGCAAAGGCAUCUUUCUUUGAAGCUAGGCUGAGCGAGUCUCUUCUACUGGAGACUCGGGCUAUGAGAGUGGGUAAUUUUAAAGCCAUAGACAUUGACCAAUUGACAUUGAAGGAAGCAUCGGUAGAUGUGACUACUGAUGGUGGAGGCGAGAUGAUCCUGGAAGGUGUUAAAAACUUGGUACUCGAGGAUAAUGCCGUAAGACUUUCGCCGGGAGCUUCUCUGACACUGAAUAAUGUAAAUAUAAGCUCAGCCGGCCAUCGAGCCAUAUCCAACUACAUAAAUACAACUGGGCCUCUUCUUAACGUGAAUCUACACAACGUUAACGGAACAACAUUGGCAAAUGGUGCGUUUUGUCUAGUAUCUGAAAAUGUCAUUCUCAACAUCUUUACGGUUUGGGAGCAACCGGAGACGACUUCUACCUGUAUCCAGGCUGAGACAUUGUCGAGCGACACAGAUGGAGAGACGUGGCCGGGCGUUGUAACGUGCCAAGGACUGAACGAGACGAGUCCUCUGUGUGGUGACGCUCGCUGCGCCCCCUGCACCAUUCUACCACUUGUCGGAUCUACCACUGACAUGACAGAGACGUACGAGGAAGGACUCCCAUUGUAUGCUGUCGUUCUCACUAUCUUAGCUGGAAUUAUCCUCAUUCUUCUUCUUAUAUUCAGCAUUUGCAAAAUACUUAGGCGUAACCAGAGUGCAGAGUACAAACUUCCUCGUCCAGCUCAAAAUAACACCUUCCAGAAGAGCAUUGUAACUGCGGAGAACCUAGACACAUCUUGCAAGAACACUAGGGAAGACCAUGCUGCUCCUGCAGAGAUAUACAUCACCUUCAAUAAAUCAGAACCGUUAGAAGAAAGGCAAGUACUGCUCAGUGAUGUCGACUUAUUUCAUACCGACUUCCACACACUUCCUGCCAAUGCCUACUUACCAUCUGAUAAUACCAGAAGGAUAUCUGAAGAUUACAACUGUUCAUAAAAUUUUAGUAUAAUUUAUGUAAUAAAUGUACUGUAUAUCAAUAUUGAAACAUGCCACUUCAAACUGAUGACUUAGAGAUGUAUGCAGUGUGCACAAGAAAGUUGCCGAUUUAUACUCAUACAUACAUACUGGAACAAUAACAAUGAUGUAAUGUUGUGGCUGGAAGAACAUCAUAGACACCACCUAAACUCCCAGGGUAUUAUUUCUCUAACAUAGGUGGUCUAGUUUCUAGAUGAUUCGGGUAUCCACAGACUGGCUCUUCAUACCUCUGCAACAUCUAUGUGAGGUGUGACAGAAUAAUGGAGACAUCUCUUUGCUCAUUAAACAGUUGGACUUAAACCCUCGUAAUGGGCGACUUUAAUGCAAGACACAUUAACUUAGGGAUAAAACAAACAGAAAUGGUUGUUUGUUUCUUAAUCUGGUCAUUAAGAAGAGCAUGACUGUCUUCGAUCUAAACCCAUCUAACACCACCACUUUUCGGGUAGAACACUCAAUUAUGCAGUAGGUCAUGGUCUCUCGGAGAAUUUGGUCCAUGUAUCGUUAGUGUAAGAGCUAAUUACUGAUCACAAUGCAAUACAAAGUUCAUAUACCAUCAAAGAUGUCAAAUCACAACACUGACAGAACACCAGUUAACAUCCCUGACAAUUUACACAUGCACUUCAAGCUCUAAAUAUACAAUUGGUAUCUAUUCCACACAUUUACAAAAUGUCAAUUAUAUGAGGACCUUAGUAAUGUGUUACUUCAUUAACAUGUUAAAUGUGUGAAACCUAAAUGGCCAAGAACUAAGUACAAAGGAGAGUUGACCAGACCUCACACUAGAAGGUGAAGGGACGACGACGUUUCAGGGUUUGACCAGGGU